AUGAAGGCCAUGGAGGAUCAAGUAGUCCAAGAAGAGCCAGGAUACCAGGAUGAUGAGGAAUCCUUUUUUCAGGAUAUUGACCUACUACAGAAGCAUGGAAUUAAUGUAGCAGAUAUUAAAAAACUGAAGUCAGUUGGGAUCUGCACCAUCAAAGGCAUCCAGAUGACCACAAGACGGGCACUGUGCAAUGUAAAAGGGCUUUCAGAGGCCAAAGUAGACAAGAUUAAAGAAGCUGCAAACAAGCUUAUUGAACCAGGCUUCCUGACCGCCUUUGAGUACAGUGAAAAACGGAAGAUGGUAUUUCAUAUUACUACUGGCAGCCAGGAAUUUGAUAAACUUCUGGGUGGUGGGAUUGAAAGCAUGGCAAUCACUGAGGCCUUUGGAGAGUUCCGGACAGGCAAAACUCAGCUAUCUCACACCCUUUGUGUGACAGCUCAGCUUCCAGGACCAAAUGGCUACACAGGUGGAAAGAUCAUCUUCAUUGAUACUGAAAACACUUUCCGACCCGACCGUCUUCGUGACAUCGCUGAUCGCUUCAAUGUUGACCACGAUGCAGUACUUGACAAUGUGCUGUACGCACGUGCAUAUACUAGUGAACAUCAGAUGGAAUUGCUUGACUAUGUAGCAGCCAAAUUCCACGAGGAAGCUGGUAUCUUCAAGCUAUUGAUCAUUGACUCCAUAAUGGCACUUUUCCGUGUGGAUUUCAGUGGCCGUGGAGAGUUGGCUGAACGACAACAGAAACUGGCUCAGAUGCUGUCAAGGCUCCAAAAAAUAUCAGAAGAAUAUAAUGUGGCUGUGUUUGUGACCAACCAGAUGACUGCUGAUCCAGGAGCAACUAUGACCUUUCAGGCGGACCCAAAAAAGCCCAUUGGGGGCCACAUCCUUGCUCAUGCUUCAACUACCAGGAUUAGUUUGAGGAAAGGGAGAGGGGAGCUGCGUAUUGCAAAGAUAUACGAUAGCCCUGAGAUGCCUGAAAACGAAGCCACAUUUGCAAUAACUGCUGGAGGGAUUGGGGAUGCCAAAGAAUAG